CCCCCAAGCGGGCGAUGUCUCCGCGCCACCGCCUGCACCUCCUGCUCUUCCUCCGCACCCUCCACAGCUCCGCCUUCGGCAUGGGCGACUGGGCCUCCCGCCUGCCGCAGCCGGGCGAAGCGCUGCCCGGCAGGACGCAGCGCAUGGCGGUGCCAGAUAAACAUCAUGUCAAUGGGAACAGAAUGGUUGAACCUUUCCCAGAGGGAACACAGAUGGCUCUGUUUGGCAUGGGCUGUUUCUGGGGAGCUGAGAGGAAGUUCUGGAGGCAGAAAGGAGUCUACUCCACUCAAGUGGGUUAUGCAGGAGGACAUACCCCAAACCCAACCUACAAAGAGGUGUGCUCAGGCAGGACUGGGCACGCUGAGGCCGUCAGGGUGGUGUUUGAGCCACAAAACAUCAGCUUUGAGCAACUGCUCAAGGUCUUCUGGGAGAACCAUGACCCGACACAAGGGAUGCGCCAGGGGAACGACGUGGGCACUCAGUAUCGCUCUGCCAUCUACACCUUCUCCCAGGAGCAGAUGGAAGCUGCCCUGAGAUCCAAGGAGGAAUAUCAGAAGGUGCUGGCAGAGGGAGGCUUUGGCUCCAUCACCACCGAGAUCCGGGAGGCUCCCGAGUUUUAUUACGCCGAGGAAUAUCACCAGCAGUACCUCAGCAAGAAUCCUGGUGGAUACUGUGGGAUGGGGGGCACGGGGGUCUCCUGCCCCAUCGGCCUCAGGAAAUAGCCUGUGCUUGCUCCACCACCUCCUCUUCAUGGCAGGGAGUUGGAAAAACCACCAGGAGCCCCAGGGGUGGGUGUUCCCACAGCAUCCGUGGAUACAGAUUUGGGAAUCUGCUGGGGAGCCUUUCCAUAAUCAUAAAGUUUCUGUUUGCUGACAUCAAAAGCCAAAGUACAGGCAGGGAUUGCUCCCAUCACAGCUUCUUGUCUGUGCAGCUCCUGGGGUUUCCUUGUUGUCUGGAGAGAUCCAAACUCCCAAAAUUUUGGCUCAAAAUGCUGUUAGAAAGGUGAAUUGGGAGGUGGUUGCACCCAUAGCUGCUUUGCAUUUCCAAUGCCUCUGGACUUGUGAUUUUCUUAACUUAAUUAAUUUCCUGGUGUAGCCAGAGCUUUGACUUCUAGAGAUGUGGUUGGGUUCUUUACCUGGCACAACCCUGGAAUUUGAUGGCUUUGGGAAGGAUGAAUUGAUCAGAUCAGUGAUUCUCCUACCACAAGUCCACUUUCACAGCAUUUAGUACCACCUGUAGUGCCUAUUUUCUGGAAUGAUUUUAGCCAGAAAAAGUCAAAAUUGUGAUGUGAUGCUUCUUUUUGACAGUUCCAAGAGGUGAAUAAACACAAAAAGAAAUCAGUUUUAUUUCCUGCUCCACAAUAAAUGACAGAACAAGAAAAGAAAA